AUAAAUUGAAAUUGAACAUGCGUAAUUAACCUUUCUGAAUAGGAAAAAAAAAACCAACAAAACUCUUAGUUUGUGAACAUGCGCAUUCGUCCUCCGUAGUUUUUUUCUUUUUAAUUGAAAGUGAGCAUGCGCAUGAUGAGGGGGUUGGCCCUCUGAAGUUUGAACAGGACGGAAACGGCUGGUUCUGGGUCUAUCAGUUGCUCACUUUUUUGAGGGAAUAGGCCUAGUUUGCCUCUCAGCAUGUCAGUAGUAACAGUGCAACUUGGUCAGUGUGGUAAUCAGAUUGGUUUUGAAGUAUUUGAUGCUCUAUAUACUGACUCACACUGUCCCCAGGGACUCUGCUCUAAAAGAGAGAAUGAGGCAUAUCAAACAUCUUGCAAAGAAAGAUUCUUCAGUGAAGAGGAAAAUGGAGUUCCAAUUGCCCGGGCCAUACUUGUCGAUAUGGAACCUAAAGUUACCAGUCAGACACUAUCAAAAGCUGCCCAGUCUGGCCGAUGGAAAUAUGGUCAGCAUUCGUGCUUCUGUCAAAAACAAGGUUCUGGAAACAACUGGGCAUAUGGUUACUCUGUUCAUGGACCCAGGCAUGAAGAAUCUAUAAUGAACCUAAUCCAGAAGGAAGUGGAGAAAUGUGAUUCUUUGAGUGGUUUUUUCAUCAUAAUGAGUAUGGCUGGGGGCACAGGAUCAGGGCUAGGAGCCUUUGUUACACAGAAAUUACAAGAUCAGUACUCAAAUUCUUUGAAAAUGAAUCACAUUAUAUGGCCUUAUGGAACUGGUGAGGUUAUUGUCCAGAACUACAACUCCAUUUUGACUCUUUCUCACUUGUACCGAUCUUCAGAUGCCCUCCUUGUUCAUGAAAAUGAUGCUGUUCAUAAGAUCUGUGCAAAACUGAUGAACAUCAAGCAGAUCUCCUUUAGUGAUAUAAACCAAGUCCUUGCACAUCAGUUGGGAAGCGUGUUCCAGCCUACGUAUUCCGUGGAAGGCUCAUGUCACUACAGAAGAAAUCCAUUAGGAGACUUAAUGGAGAAUUUGGUUCCCCAUCCUGAAUUCAAGAUGCUGGGUAUUCGUAACAUUCCUCAAAUGUCUGAGAACUCACUGGCAUACAGCACCUUUACUUGGGCCGGCCUCCUCAAAUAUCUGAGACAGAUGCUCAUUUCUAAUUCAAAAAUGGAAGAAGGUAUUGAUUGGCACGUACGGCCUCCUUUAUCAAGACUUCCUACUCUGGGUAAAGCAUCCCUCAACAGGGAGCUUCAGUUUAACACUUCCAUUGCCAACUUGGUCAUCCUUCGUGGGAAAGAUGUACACAGUGCAGAUCUGGAGCCUACAUUCAUCAGUACACAAAAUUUGGACUUGAAGAAGAGGACUUUUUGGAUAGUUUUACAUUGUUGGAACAGGUUGUUGCCAGUUACUGCAACCUCUGAUGUCGAACAAAGGAAAAAUAUGUUAAGUCAUUUUGGGGCUAAAAUACUUUCUUUUCUUUUUAUUAUUUUUUUAAGAUUUUAUUUAUUUGAUGGGGCGCCUGGGUGGCUCAGUUGGUUGGAGGACUGCCUUCGGCUCAGGUUAUGAUCCUGGACUCCCAGGAUCGAGUCCCACAUCGGGCUCCCAGCUCCAUGGGGAGUCUGCUUCUCCCUCUGACCUUCUCCUCACUCAUGUUCUCUCUCACUGUCUCUCUCUCAAAUAAAUAAAUAAAAUCAUUAAAAAAAAAAAAGAUUUUAUUUAUUUGACAGAGAGAGAUCACAAGUGUAAAAACCAUUACUUUUAACUUUAUUUAUUUAAUUUUUAAAAUAUUUUUAUUUAUUUAUUUGACAGAGAUCACAAGUAGGCAGAGAGGCAGGCAGAGAGAGAGAGAGAGAGAGAGACAGAGGAGGAAGCAGGCUCCCCGCUGAGCAGAGAGCCUGAUGCAGGACUCCAUCCCAGGACCCUGGGAUCACGACCCAAGCCGAAGGCAGAGGCUUCAAUCCACUGAGCCACCCAGGCGCCCCAUGGGCUAAAAUAUUUUCAAUAAUACUUUCUCUGUAAGGUUUUCAAAUCUCUACCUGUUAAAGU